CUGUGUCUUCAUCUUCUUCGCCUAUCUCAUUUUACAGAUUCUCUGUUGCCAAACCCUAGCUCCUUCCCUUCUCCGAUUUCCUCAAGCUUCAUCAAAAAUUUCACAAAUUUCUUCCAUUUGUUUUACCAAAUUUCAUCAAUUUCAAAGAAGAAAGAUGCCAAGGUGCAAGAACGCUUCAUCGCGUCAAGAAUCGGCGGCAGAAGAAGGUGAGAGGCCAUGGCGUCGUGAAGGGAGCAAGUACAUCCACAUCCAAACCGGACUCGCCUUCAACACUGGGGCUUCAGCCGAGAGGUUCCACAACAACUUUCUCACAAAGGAGAUCGUCUCACCUAAGAUUGUGGACAAGGACCUCUUCAAAUCGGCGACCUAUGCCCCGAGUAAGUCUCUUUUCUCUCAGCAAGACCUUACUCGGGACACUCAGGUGCCGGUCAAGAAGACUUGCUACAUCAUGGACACCAAGUUUUCCCGGAUCAUGUACCGUGAGGAGGGCGAUGCUGCACCAAAUCUGGACCUGGUAGUCACAGACGAAGAAGAGAGCCAAAACGAGACUCAAGCCGAGUCAUCACGUGCUGGAGGAAGUCGAGCCACGGAGCGCGUCACUCGUCAACGCAGGACUCGUCCAAGAGAAGAAGCGCCGGAACCAUCUUGGGUGAAGAGGAUCUUCGAUACUCUCAUGUGCAUCCGAGAUGACGUUCGCUAGCUCAACGAGAGGAUGACUCGUUUUGAGCAAUCCCGCUCCUACCGUGGUCCGCGUCACAGCUUUAGCGGAGGAGCUCGUCCGGCGAACUCUCUUUGAUUAUGUUGUCCGUUAUUAUGACUUAUUUUGAUACAUUACUAAAUGCUAUUGUUAUUG